AUGCACAGGUUGAUAUAUGGCAUCGCUUUUCUCAUAGUUUUACUUGUAAAUGAUGUAAUUUGCUCAGAACUGAUGGUCGAUGAUGAAUUUGUGGUAAUAGAUGGCAUAAGGGUGAAGAAAGACUCAAUAAGAAACGAAACUAGUGAUGGAAAUAGGAAGUAUGGCAAAAGGGAUAAAAAAGCAGAAAAAAGUGAAAGUGAUGACGAAGAUCAAGAUGAAGAAGACGAAGAUGAUGAUGAUGAGGAGGACGAUGAGGAAGAAAUCGACAUCAGUCAGGAGGAAGAUUUAGAAUCCACGAAACAUCUUCCGACAAAAUGUCAUGGUAAGAAAAUGCCUUUGAAAUGUUUCUUUUACGUCAGUUUAAUUAAUGAAUUUAAUUCUAGUCUCAGUUCGACUUACGUGAAGCAAUAAUUUUCUACGUACACUUAUUACAGCAUUUGGAGAAAUAAUAAUAAAAAAAACAGUGACAUAUUCCAAUGCUUUGCAUAAUUCAAUCAGUUAUAUAAAUGUUGUAAAUGGAAUUCCUGAUCAUAUCAAAAUUAUAAUAUGACUUUGAAUGAAUGAAUGCAUGGACUACUUCCCGAACCAUUCAAUUCUUACAAUUAGGAUUUUUUUGUUUUACAUGGUGUUCUUUGCCAGUCUGUUAGUGUAACAGAGUUUGGUUGGUGUAUAUUACUUGGUCAAUUAGCAUUACCUGCUUCGGAAUAUCAUGAUUCACGUGACUUGGCAAAAGCUUCCAGUCGCCUCUGUGAAGAAAAAUUAUUCUCAUCCCACCCCCGGUAACCUCCUUUCCUUUCCCUACCGCAUUGUCUACCGCGUUUAUGGUGUUGUGUAGUCCUCCACCUCUGCUGGCUUUAAUAAAGUUGCUGCUGUUGUUGUUGUUUUAAUAUGGGAUUCAAUCCGAGUACAACUUUAUUACAGCGGCUAUUGACAAUUACUAUAGCCACUGAUUCCACCUUGUUUAAUAAAUUGUUAUCUAUAAGGGGCCCCGUAGAAAAGCGGCCUAGUUCCCCGGGUGGUUGCUCAUCCAUCAGCCGAAGGGAAAACAUAAACUGAAGAAACCGGUUGAUAUCGUUGCUCUAUGACUAAUACAUAUGAUAAACUCUUCUGCACAUAAUACGAUAUAACAUCCAGCAUAUUUCAUAGUUUGCAGGCUUUUGGCGGUGGAAGUCGAAAAUAAGCUCACAACAAUUGGUAAGGUCAGAAAAACUCAAGAAAACGACGGACGCCCAAUUUAUUACAAAGAGUAGGUGAUGCUUGAUUGUUGAAAUGUUAUUAUUCCACUCUGUCUACCUUACUCUCUAACAUUACCCUAGUUCACGAAAGCCCAAAACAAUGCCUGUGGUUUGCUGGCUAUAGUGAAAAUUUCAUCUGGUCAGAGACCUCUCCCUACCACGACGUUUUGUCAUAGUCAGCAAGAAAGGUGACAGAAAAAAAAAUGGACUUUAAGGAGCAAAUGACUUGCAGCCAAAUGUUGUUUGCCUACAAAAUCAGAACUUAUCAGUUAUCUACUGUUACUGCUCUGCACUGUUCAGUUCAUGAUGGUCUCCUGCAAGGUUAAAUUGUUCUAAGAAGUACUAACUUUCCCAGGGAGGGGAGGAGGGCUGUUUCAGAGGGAAAAAGUCAAGAGUUAUACAGCUUGUUUCCUUUGCAAAACAGAGUGUCGUGGUUUGUUGAGAAUGCAAGGGAAGAGGGCGUGUUCAGUGGGUUUGUUGAACUAGUUUUUCCUCAGUUGAGCUAAGACUGACGUAUAUUUUUUUAAAGAAAAUUAGGAAAAAAAAUGCCCUUUGUUUAAACUCCCAUUUACCAACUCUAACACGGCGUUUCUUGCUUUAUCAUAUUCGUCUUUGGCAGAAAAAUAGUUAUCCUGAAAGUAACUGAAGACUUCUGUGAUUCUAUGAAAAAAUACAACAUCAAGGCUAAGCAUCCAUUCAGAUACAAACGAGGAGGUAGGAUUAAAUUUAUUUGUUCCUGCUCCACCGUCUCUGGUACUACUUGAAGUAAGUUUUUCCAUCAGCAAUUUGACCGAAAGGACGAAAACAGAUAGAUUUUGAAUUCUCUCCCUGUCUCGUGCCUAGGCCCUUUUUGGGUUCUUCGGAGGCAGUCGUGGCGCAAGGGUUCAUGGGUAUUUUCGAUGUGCGGCGGAAACCAUCUAAAACAUAACUGCUGCCAAAAAUUCUUAAAAAAGCAUGGGUACGAGACAGUAACUAGAGACCUUUAGAUUCAAGGACGAGAACGACUACGAGUACGAGAUUUGACUUAACAGUUUUUUUUGCGUAUUCUUAAAAUAUAGACUCCCCGGAAAGCUUCAUUUUACCAUUUUUCACUAGAAAAGUUAGCACUGUUACCUUUAGUGUGCUUUCCCAAACGCAAAAUGAUAAAACUUCCUACAUUUGAUAACUCGUUUUGCCCACUUCGACAUUAUCGCCAAAAUUCGUAGUAGAGUGACGACGGCUACCACGUUUUCCCGCCAAAAUGCCGCUGGUUCACACGCGAGCACUACUUAGUAUUGAGAAAAUCUCGUACUCGACGUCGUACUCGUCUUAGAAUCUAAAGGUCUCUAUUCUCUCAUCCUCGAGAGACCUCAGAGUGACGGGAAAUCAGGCUGAGAGAGAUUAUUUGAAGCACAUUGACUGAAAAUGACCCUUGCAUCCGACUGUAGAUCCUUGAAGGUCAUUUUGGUUCAUUUUAGGACCAUUAGGUCAUUAAUUUUAGAUCCUCUAAAUCAAUCAAGGACGGCUUAACCCUCUAUAGCCUAAGAACAGAGCCGUCUCUCCUCCCUCCUCACUGCUAAGGACGUUUUAUCUCUCCCGCUAGACGUCUAAUAUGCUCUCUAGCAUAAAUACGGCGGUACUCGGUUGAAAGCUAAUAGGGUGCUGUAUUUUUGUUAUGCUAGCAAAAAGCUAUUACCGCAAACACAUCGAAGAAGUAACCAAGGAAUCGAAAAUCCAGAAAUGGAUGUUUGCGACACCCGAAGAAGAUAUAGAUGAUCCCACUGGCGAAAUAAGACGGCUCAGAAAACAGGUACAGAGAAUUAUACGAGGGGUUAGUGGGAGAUGUAAGUUAUACCUUGGAGUAAAAAGCAAGUUUAAGACGUCCGUCUGUAAAGGAAUAUUUUGCAUUGCUAAAUAACAACUACAUCACGUGUAAACGUAUAUACGCGGUGGGGGAGUUGCCUUUCAUGAUACAGGCAAGGACUAAUAAGGGUUAAGAUCACGAUAAGUCAGAAUUAGUCGAAUUAGAUAAGGAUUAACCUUACUUCGGGUAAGAAUAACGAGCUAUUACCUUAGGCAAGGUUAGGAAAAGAUUAGGUAAGAAGUACGACCUGUUAAUCUGCUAAAUACAAUAAGGAUUUUAAUCGUGUUCUCAUUUCUUACUAGUGUCAUGACAUGUUAGUGGAAACACAAGAAUUGCUCAUCCAUUGGUUUAUGAAAGCGCAAUCACGUGAUCUGACUAAGUGGCUCUGUGCGAAAAGAGUGUUGCGUGACGACAAUCAAGGUUAGUUACACUAAUUCCACAUCCAUGCCCCGAAGAGCGUGCGAUACUGCCCAGAAAGGAUUAGGCCUUCAAAUUUUUUCUGCAGUUUUAAGGCCUCCAGUGCUUUAGCUUGGCUAUCAAAGUCAUUUUUCAAGAAACAUUUUUUCUGAUUUACGAAGAAAACAUUCAAAGAUCUAAUGAAAAAUAAUAACGUGGUGAAAGUGAAAGCCAGGAUACAAAGCUGCAUGUGAGAGCAGAAACAAUUGAAAUUAAAAUGGAGUGAGUUGCAACGAAAUGCCUUUUUUUCUCCAUUUAGAUUGCCUUCAAGUCGAGAUGCCAAAAUCCAACAGGGUUCGGGCAUUGAGACCAAAGAAGCCAAAGACUGAAGCAAAGAGUGUUUCUCAUGAGGAGCUGUAA